AAACUCUAGUCAAUAUGUGCUGGCAUGGAAACGCGACAUUGCCGUACUAACGGCUGGAAAUGUGAAGGUUACCGUUAAUCCGAGAAUUCGCUUAAUGCCAGUGCAAGCGCAUACUGAUCCACAUGGAUCGUUGUCAACCGGGUAUAACUUAGAAAUCCGAGACGUGCGCAAUUCGGAUGCUGGGGACUACAUUUGUCAGAUUGGUUCGAUGGCGAAAGAAAUUGUACAUACACUUGAAAUUUUAGUACCUCCAAAAAUAGACUACAUUUCACCAUCGAACAAAAUGGACAUUCAUAAAGGAGCACCGAUACGCAUGGAAUGUCGAGCAUCCGGUAAUCCGACUCCAAAAAUUGUGUGGUCCAGAAAGAAUAACAUGAUGCCAAAUGGAGAGGCAAACAAGACGGGCAACGUACUCGACAUACUGCAUGCUAACCGACACACCAGUGGUCAUUACAAAUGUACUGCAGAUAAUCGUGUCGGUCAACCGGACACCAGAGAGGUUUUCGUAAAUGUAUUAUAUCCUCCAGAAAUUGAAGUAGAACAACCAACUGUGCAUAGUGGAAUCGGUCACGAGGCUCAGCUGGUGUGUAUCGUUCAUGGAGAGCCUACGCCAAGUGUGGUCUGGUAUCAAGACACUACUCUCGGAAUAACAGAGCAGUUCUCACAACAGAAUCGGGGCAACAAGUACAGUCUCGUUAUUCGUAAUGUUACAUACUCAGAUAUUGGGAACUACACUUGUCAGGCAUCGAACGCUCUUGGCAAAGACCGUGGCACGCUGUCCCUCAGCGGAUUGCCAACGCUAUGUUACUUUGACUCGCCAACACUCAGCAGCUAUCGAGAUCAGUACAACAUCUCCUGGACUGUACAAAGCUACUCUCCAAUCCGCGAAUAUCGUCUGUUCUUCCGGCUUGCCUCGAAAAGCAUGCAUCUUUUGCACCACGAGAACCCCCUUGACAAUCACAUCUACAGUGAUCGACCACGUCAGUGCCACGGUGGCGACCAGUGGGAAAACGUUGUCAUACCGGAGAUGAAUGAUUACGGUGCACCCAAUCACUUCUACAAUUUGGUGCCUCCGUACGCCACGUACCAACCCACUAUUCGGCAUCGGAUGAGCUUUCAGCUGAAGAACCUCAAACCAGCUAGCAACUAUGAAGCACGGGUACAGGCGCGGAACGAUCAUGGUUGGAACAAGCUGUCGAGUAUAUUUCACUUCUCCACUCGUUCGGAAGAUAUGGAACUGGAGCCAUCCGCACAACCUGCCGUCCACGGUGCCGGGUUGCUAGAUAAGGGACUGCUGAGCAGCAGCGAUGCUAGUACGAUCACAGGCACUCAUUUACAUAAAUCAUGGACACUUUCCAUUUUCAUCGUAUUAAUUACCACACACCUACUGCCGUCGUUGUAUCACGCUGCCUUAUCGGUGGUAUGAUUUGCGUAUCUUCCACUUUCCAUUCCAAUGAAUCAUUGAAAACUCGCUACAUGGAUUCGCAUGUACGCCGAGCAUCGUCACUUCCGUUUCGCCGUACUACUACACCGUCGGAGUCACCAAAAAUCCACCGAAUUUCCUCACCGGGGCACUGUGUGUUAUGGAACCGCAGGUAUGGAAACAUAUUAUCAACAGCAACCACUAAUUUAUGGGCACA